CUGCCGCUGCGCGUUCCGCGGGGGUGGAGUCGGAGGCGGAGAAGAAGGCGGUGGUGGCGGGUGGAGGAUCGAGCGCAGUUCUCGCUCCGGAGCCGCUGCACAUUUCGGAAUCUUCUGUAGCUUCCCUGUUGUGUCAGUGAAAACUAAAUCACAUCUGUUAAUUUCACUGAACAGGACACGUGAAAAUUGCCACACAUGUCACAGUAUACUGAAAAAGAGCUAACAGCUAUGGAUCAAGAAUCUGGCAAGGCUGCCUGGCCCAAACCAGCAGGGGGCUAUCAGACAAUUACAGGAAGAAGAUAUGGAAGAAGACAUGCUUAUGUCAGUUUUAAACCAUGUAUGACCAGGCAUGAAAGAAGCUUGGGUCGGGCUGGUGAUGACUAUGAAGUGUUGGAAUUAGAUGAUGUUCCAAAGGAAAAUUCCUCAGGUUCCAGUCCAGAGGAUCAAGAUCAUUCUUUACCCAACGACUCCUUGUUUGAAAAAAAUGAAACAGAAAUCCCUGUUUGUGACACAGCAUUAAGUCAGACUACUGAGAACAGUGCACCCUUUGCUGCAGUACCUCAUAGCGAGGGAGGCAGGGAGACCUUAGGAAGCAGUAUGAAUCUUCAUAAUCACUUUGAGGGAGAAUAUACGCCAGGAGCUUAUCAUGCUUCAAGUAUCCAAAAUGGAAUUGCAGUGGUUCCUACUGACUCUUAUGAUCCAGCUGGAAGACAGGUGGAGGAUAUUAACCAUCUUCAACUUUCUGCAGAAAUUGUGGAAGGUGAUAGAUAUCAGGAAGCACUGGGCAAUACAAUGUUUGGAUUAGAAAAUGGAGAGGCGGAGGCAUAUGCUGAUCUUUCACAGGCAGUUCCUUCUUUUAAUGCUAAUGUAAGAGGUGAAUUUCAAGAGUUAGAUUCAGCACCUUUAGUAAAAAGUACUACUGGUGAAACUGAGUUUGUCCAUCAGAAGAAUCAGGAAUUUCAGAGGUCCUCUUCUGAAGAUGAAAUUGUUAGAAAGAAACAACAAAAUGCUACCAAGGAGAACCAGAAAGGAAAUUCAACUGUAGAUUCAACCUGUACUUCAGGGCAUAUUAACCGUGAACAAAAUACCAGAGAUAGGGACAAGAACCAGGGAAGUUCUCCUGAACAGGUAGUGAGACCAAAAGUUAGAAAAGUGAUAAGUUCAAGUCAAGUGGACCAAGAAACAGGUUUUAAUAGGCAUGAAGCCAAACAAAGAAGUGUUCAACGGUGGAGAGAGGCUUUGGAAGUUGAGGAAAAUGGCUCAGAUGACCUCCUAAUAAAGUGUGAUGACUAUGAUGGAGAACAUGACUGUAUGUUCUUGGAUCCACCUUAUUCAAGAGUUACACCAAGGGAAACAGCCAACCAAAUGCCAUCAGAAGGUGGUGCCAUAGCAGGAAGGCAAGAAGUUGUGGAUAACACCUUUUGGAAUGGGUGUGGAGAUUAUUACCAACUCUAUGACAAAGAUGAAGAUAGUUCAGAAUGCAGUGAUGGAGAAUGGUCUGCCUCUUUGCCUCAUCGAUUUUCUGGUACAGAAAAAGAUCAGUCCUCAAGUGAUGAAAGCUGGGAGACUUUGCCAGGAAAAGAUGAGAAUGAACCUGAACUGCAGAGUGAUAGCAGUGGUCCUGAAGAAAACCAAGAAUUAUCUCUUCAGGAGGGGGAACAGACAUCCUUGGAAGAGGGAGAAAUUCCUUGGUUACAGUACAAUGAAGUCAACGAAAGCAGCAGUGAUGAGGGAAAUGAGCCUGCCAAUGAAUUUGCACAGCCGGAGGCUUUCAUGUUGGAUGGUAACAAUAACCUUGAGGAUGACUCCAGCGUGAGCGAAGACCUUGAUGUGGACUGGAGCUUGUUUGACGGCUUUGCAGAUGGGUUGGGAGUUGCUGAAGCUAUCUCUUACGUGGAUCCUCAGUUCCUCACCUAUAUGGCACUAGAAGAACGCUUAGCCCAGGCUAUGGAGACUGCUCUAGCACAUUUAGAGUCUCUUGCAGUGGAUGUUGAGGUGGCCAAUCCACCAGCCAGUAAGGAGAGCAUUGAUGGUCUUCCAGAGACCCUUGUUCUUGAAGAUCACACUGCUAUUGGCCAGGAACAGUGCUGUCCAAUCUGUUGCAGCGAGUAUAUUAAAGAUGAUAUAGCAACAGAGUUACCCUGUCACCAUUUCUUUCACAAACCUUGUGUCUCAAUUUGGCUACAGAAGUCAGGAACAUGCCCUGUGUGCCGCCGUCAUUUCCCGCCUGCUGUUAUCGGAGCCUCUGCAGCUGCUCCCCCGGAGCCCGACCACGAUACCCCACCAUCAAGUGACAGUACUGCAGAAGCCUCCUAAACUUGAAACUGGAAGGAGCUCAGUCUAUCAAAGUAAAUCUGCAAAUUCCUUCUAAAUCUGAUGUGCAAAUAAUUAUAUAUAAAUAUAUUAAAUGCUAUGUAUAGUCUAUGCCAUUGUUUAGAAAGAGAAUAUUAACCUUUCUAAACUGAGUUUAGGUUUGCAGAAAGUACUAAACAUUUUCAAGUUGAAUGUUGAAGCAGUGCAUCCAUUUUCUUUAGUUGAAUAUGUUGAUAUUAAUUGUAAAGUCAAGCUUAUCAAUUAAAUCUCUCCAGAAGAAAUAAUCAUCUUUGUGGCACACAUUAUUGGUUUUGUCUGAAGUACUGCCACUAAGUGAUUAUAAUUGAGCUCUCCUAUUUGCAUCAAAUGUGAAGACUGUGAUCACAACAGCAGUAAAAUUUGGUUUUGUUGGAAAUAAAAAGAAUUCUAAAGCAUGCUUUCUCACUGGUCCCUUUGCUUCGCUAUAUCAAAAUCUUUUGGCUCAUAAAACUGAGUGGAUUUUUAGGAAGGUGUCUAUUCUCCCUCCUUGGUAGGACUUUUUUGAAUGCCAAACACUACAAUUCUGACUAGAGCAUCACAGAAUUUUAAAAUUUUAAAUAUAAUACUCCUGAAAGGGUUAGGUAAUAAAAUAAAUUAUUUUUUUAAAUGGUGAGUGUGCUUAAUUAAAGGAAGAAGAAUGCAUACGACUGCUUUACGAUGGCUGGUGCUUUCAGGGAAGGCUGGUAAAGCACAUGAACAACCAGUAUGCUUGGAGCUCAGCAUAUGAGAUGAAAUAGAUGACUUUAUAAAAAGACUUUCUAUUUGGUUAAAAUUAUAUGCAAAUGUGUAUGUGAAGGACACUCAUGUUACACUUGUUUAAUAAAUAUUAGACAUAGUUUAAGAUAAUUUUUGUUUCGAAAUAUUUUGGAAAGUUAUGAAAAUUAUAAAAUGUUUAAAUGCUCGUUCUGUUGCAUCCUAAAAGGAAUUCUGAAUACUUAGAAAACUAGAUUAAUUGUACUGAUUUGUAUAAAGCAUAACAUUUAUGAGGUAAAGGACAGAUUGACCAUACCUUUUUAUACCAUAUCUAAAGUAUAUCUGAACAAUGAUUGUUCAUGUUACGUUAUUAGUAUUUGUUUCUUUACUCAAAUUUAUGAAUUAUUCACCUGGAACUAAGAUAAAAAUAGGUAGUUUAAAUUAAGCCAGAUUAAGCCAUGGUAAGAAAGGUAUAGAUGAUCUUGACUAUCCUAGUGAUUAUGUGAACAAAACUGAAUAUGUAACAGAGUUCCUUUCUUAUUUUCCUUUCUCUAAAAGAUUAAAAAAAGACCCUGAUCUCUUUUACCUUCUGAAAGAGUUCUGUUUACAAACUUCUUUAAAAGUGAGGAAAUUAGCUAUCCAUAUUAUUUUUUGCAAAUUUGACCCAGAGGGUUAGCUUUGUAACUUUAUAACCCCAAAUAAAGAUUGUUUUGUUUUUAGAUGAUCAGAUCCAGCAGGCAAGUAUCUAUAAACAUGGUGAGAUGUGAUUUGAUAGCAACACCAGAUGAUGGGUAUUAACAUAUGCAUUUGAGCAAGUAAAAUAGUAAAGCACUUAGUGAGUGUACAUCCAUCCAAGCAGUACAUCAGCAUUUUAGUUUGGACACAUAAAAGAAUAGUUCUGUGCUUUCCCAAAUGCAUAAUUACACUUUAUUUGUAUAAUUUCUUGGAAUAUUUAUAUUCCAUCUCUUUUCUCCAUUCUUUAAAAUAAAUUUUCACCAUUGGCACAUUUGAGGCUUAAUAUAACACUUGCAUUCUAAUUUUUGAACAUAUUGUAAAUGUGUCUGGUAUUUACAGCAAAAUACAGUGUAUCCUUUUAUGGGUAAAACAAAACUGAACAUUGCAUGCAUGUAAUGUGGUGACUUUGUAAUUUAGGGGUUCCCUGGGGGCUUCUGUGACUUUGGAAAUGCUUAUAUUCAGGCCUUAAUGUUGCAUUAGCUAGCAUGUUUUUCCUUCUGAUGUAUAUAGUCAUUGUUGUAUAAACUAAUCUUUGCUUGUUUUCUACUCUGUGAUCUUUCCAUACCAUAUUUCAUUGAUCCGUAGUGUCAAGGAGUCAAAUCAGAUUAAAAUAAUUCUCAUAUGUAUAUUGUGGAAAUUUGUGGUUAGUGUGAUUUUUUGUUAAUGUUUUCUUGGUUCCCAGAAAUCUGUGGCUAGUGUGACUUUUUAUUUGUUUGUUUUCUUGAAUAUUGGUCAGUUGUGACACUUAGUGGUUAAACUGACAUUACUACAGAUUUCUCUGUAAUAAAACCACCCAUUAUAUUUAGGCAGUAUUAAUGGACCUUGGUUUUCUUCUCCUAGAUAGCAGCUGUCCCAAAGAAAAUAUAUCUUCUUUGCCUGUUAAGAUUUAGCUACUGUCUGCCAGUUGUUAAGAGGUUAUGGUUCCAAACUCAACCAGCAGUGUGGAGAGCUAAAGUUAAGAUAGCUGUUGUACUUUUUGCUUUCCAUCUGUUACUAUCCUUCAUUCUUGGCUCCCCACUAUUUACAAACAGCUGCUAUGAAGGAAAAAUAGUUGAAUUAGAGUUGGCUCAAACAUUUUUUAUAAAACGAUAUUUGAGGUUUUAGGAUUUUCACUGUAACAAGUAUAUAAGCUGAGAUGGACAAGUUUGGACACAAAUAUUGUUCUAUCACAUCUUAGAUCUUUCUGAAAAGUUAAGACUAUAUGAAAGGAAAUUAAAAUACAUAUAAAUAUAAAACAAUAUUGUUUCUUUUCACUAUAUAUAUGUUAAGUGACUUGACCUAAUUAUUUUUUUUAACAUUUUCUUAUUGUAAAGUGAAUGCUGAUAUUUAAAGGUAGAUCCCAUGUGGUUUUCUUUUGUUUCUUGUUUAUCUUUAAGCUAACUCAAGAUUAUUUGUGAUCUGGAUUUAUAUAUAAGCUGUUAAAUAUAUAUGAACUGUUUAAAUGGAUGCAAGUUUUUCAAAAGCCCAGGUCUAAAUGUAAUGAUUGGUCUAUUGUUCUACAAUCUCAGUCCAUCAUUUUCCAUGUAAAUCAUAAAGAAUAAACAGGAUAUACUCAGUG